AUGAGCAGUCAGCGGCAAGCCCAACUGAGAGUUAAACUACCUGAAAAUCUUAAACAGAAUCAGUUAGAAUUGUCAUGUAAUUAUCCAAUUGGCGCAGUCAUUAUGGUUGCAGGAGCAGGAGGUGGUAUGACCGGACCAGGAGCUGUAGUAAUCUCGGCAGGAUCAAUGCGUGAUGUGGUUCGAGGAAUUGCAACAGUAGCAUCUCAAACUGCUGGUACCGAUAGCGUUAGUCAUUUAGGACAGCAAGGCAAAGCAUGUUUAUUUAUUCAUGGUAAAGGCGAUCAGUGUCUAUCUUAUCGUUGCAGUGAACAAUUGUACAGAGCUGCAGGUCAUCCGAAAGAGUUGGUUCUUUUCGAUAAUGAUAAUCAUGGAGUAACACAGCAUAAAUACGAAGCAAAAAAUAAAAUAAAAGAAUUUGUACUUGGUCU